CGUACGUAUGUACAGAAACGACCAACUGGAUUCCGAAUAAGUGAAUAUUGCGGGCAUUGUUGAGUAAAAAAAAAUCGCUCGCGAGGUUUCCACGGUGGGGGAAUGAAAAAAGCGUGAGGGGGGUAAGGGUUAUCGAUCGUGCGGAAGGGUUGGAACAUCGGUAGCACAAGGGGUGAUAUUGCGACGCCGCAGCGCGGGACGCAAAUUCGAACAUUCGAGGCGCAUUCACUCGUGUGAAUAAAAGUGACAAGUGAAUAUUCCGCGAAAGGAUCAGACGUGCGAGGUUGUAUCGCUUUUUCAGCGCAUCCCGGGGGUCUUUGACACCGCCUGAGGUGCUAACGCCGAUAAAACGAGGAUAUAACAGCUGAGAAUUCACGAGAAUUGAGUUUUUAUGAAUAUUCCAUGCGAUAACCCCUCGAGUUUGAGCUGAACUGGAGGCGAUUGUCCGUCAAAUUGUCACUGGCCACUCGGUUUAUCGCUGGGGCGAGUUAAUACACCGCGGGGAGGGGGACUCUGAGAGAAUAUAGAGGGGAGUGCGUGGACAGCUGGCACAGCCGGUUCCAUCGUACGUUUCUCGUGUCCGGUGUCGUUACACCGUGACGGAUGAUAUAUGCAAAAGGGUGGGAGAGGCUUUUCGUAUAAUUUUUUUUGAUAUUUUCAUUGAGACAUGUAUAAGUUACUCAGGGGCUUGAGUCAGUAUCUCAAAUGGCAGGACAUCAAGACCGAUUCUAUGGUAUUUCGUAUGCACAAUACGUUUACCACCGUUUUACUACUCACGUGCUCGGUUGUUAUCACUGCUACUCAGUAUGUGGGUAAUCCUAUAUCCUGCAUUGUUGAAAACUCUCGUGUGACUCAUGUCAUCAAUACGUACUGCUGGAUCACUUCGACUUUCACUAUGCCGGAUGCUUUUAAUCGACAGAUUGGCACGGAGGUGGCGCAUCCCGGGGUGGCGAACGACCACGGAGACGUGGCGGCACGGAAAUACUACACCUACUAUCAGUGGGUCUGCUUUGUUCUCUUUUUCCAGGCGAUGUUCUGCUACUUUCCCCAAUGGCUCUGGAACAUCUGGGAGGGUGGCCUAGCAAGUACUCUAGUAAUGGGUCUAAACCACGGCCUAGAGUCCGAAGACACGAUAUCAAAGAAGAAGAACGUCCUAAUGGAUUACCUAGUGACUCACAUCAAGAGACACAACACGUACGUCUACCGGUACUUUGCAUGCGAAGCCAUGUGCCUGGUGAACAUAAUCGUUCAAUUAUACCUGAUGAAUCGUUUCUUCAACGGUGAAUUCCUGAGCUACGGCUGGCGUGUCCUCCAGUUCGCGGACGCACCCCAAGAGGAGAGAAUGGAUCCCAUGGUCUACGUAUUUCCCCGAGUUACGAAGUGUCUAUUCUACAAAUACGGUGCCUCCGGAACGAUACAGCAGCACGACAGCCUCUGCAUUCUCCCCUUGAACAUCGUCAACGAGAAGACGUACAUAUUCAUAUGGUUUUGGUUUGUCAUUCUGUCGAUGCUCCUCGUUGGGCUCAUGAUCUACCGCGCCGCCAUCAUCUUCGCGCCUGCUGUGCGACCGAGACUGCUGCAGCUGUCCACCGCGAGGAGACUGUCCAUCGACACUUGCAGGAACAUCACCAAGAAGAUUGAUCUUGGCGACUGGUGGAUCCUUUACGUGCUGUCGUCUAAUAUGGAUUCACUGGUCUACAGGGAUUUCCUCGAGGAAUUAACCAAGAAGGUCGGCAGCACGUCAGCACCCGUCAAUGCUUAGGAACAUUGACGCUCUAGAUCAUUCGAGUUAUCGGCCGGUGGAGGCAGCGCAAAUGGACAGUUUUUCUUUUUUUUUUUUAAGAGAGAUUUUGGGACAUAAUUCGGCGAGUUGAAUUAGUCGGCGUUGAACUUUGGAAACGAGCUCUUUUGGAUAUGUCAAGGAAGUCGACGUAAAACGAUAGUACUGAGGUCGAAGAUUUAAUUUGCGGAAUUUUUAAGGGGGUUCGAUGUGGAAUUUGUAAGUUUUAGGUAAAUUUAAACUCAAAAAAUGAGAAAAAUCGAGUUUCAAUUUUUUGCAAUGACAAUAUGUGACUUGAUUUGAUUUGAUUUGGAUUUUGGUUUUCUCACGUAAUGUAUCAACGAAAAAAAAUGUGAGUUUCAAUUUGAAUUACAAUUUCAAUUUUUGAUUUGUUCGAUUUUUUUUUCAGAAUU